AUGGCUGUCGGAAAAUCUCGUGGUAACAAGAAAUCUUACGGUGGUUCUUGUUCAGUAACAGCCACAAUGCUGGUGUUCGUCUUUGUAUGCGUUUUUGGUGUAUGGAUGUUGACCUCUACUACCCUUGUUUCACCCCGAAAGAAGUCUCCCAUACAGAAGGCAGCUUCAUCUUUAGAUUCCGUCUUUGAAAACGCUCAUCGCAAGACAAAUCUACCACGAAAGAUCCCUAAUCCUGCCGCUACUGUUUUCGAAGAUAAUCCAGGUGAUCUACCAAGCGACGCCAUAAAAUCGGAUGAUGAUUUGAUGGACCAAACAAGGAAUGCAUCAAUCGAAACUGAACAUGAACGUGAAAUCACCAAGAAUGUUGUUGACGACGUCGAGACUGUAAAUGAAAACGACGUGGGAAAACAGGAGGCAAAACAAGUUAAAAAGGAGAAACAUAAACAAGAAACAGAAGAUACGCAAAACACGAUUCCUUUCAAACGAAAUACUGAGAAAACCAUAACAGCCAAGAAUAUCGAAAAUGAAGCCGAUCAGCAAAACGGAAGAAUUGGUCAUGAAGAAAGCGAUAUGAAAAAUCAAGAAAACAAACAAAAGGACGCAAAUGAAGGUGAUGAAAAAGGGAAUUUGAAAAACGACCAAGAACGCCAUAUAACAGAUGAAGAACACGAAAAAAACUCAUCAGAGGUGAGUGAUGAUCAUGCACGACACGAUGACGAUACGCAAAUCGAAUCCCACUCCAUAGCAACAGAGACAAAAUCUCAAGUUCGAAAUCAAGAAUCACAAGAAACGAGCGAACAAAUGGAACAAGACAAGAUAGAAACCAACACCAUUAACACCAAAACACCCGAAAAAGAUACUAACGUACAUGAAACAACAGCAUCAGAGAUAACAACCGAUUCAAAGGAUUCAAAGCACGCAUGGAUAACACAAGCUGAUCAAUCUACAAACCACAACGGGAGAUCAAAAGAAGCAGAAGAUGACGUAAACACAUCUGAAUUCAAGUGGGAGUUAUGCAAUGUCACUGCUGGAACUGAUUACAUUCCUUGUUUGGAUAACGAGAAAGCCAUAAAAAAGUUACAUGGGAGACACCAUUACGAGCAUCGAGAGAGGCAUUGCCCUGAAGAGGCUCCAACGUGUCUUGUUCCUCUCCCAGAGGGUUACCAGACGCCUAUUUCAUGGCCUCAAAGCAGAGAUAAGAUAUGGUUCCACAAUGUACCACACAAAGGUUUAGCAGAAGUAAAAGGUCAUCAAAAUUGGAUGAAGGUGACCGGGGAAUUCCUUACUUUUCCUGGAGGUGGAACUCAGUUCAUCCAUGGUGCUAUGCAUUAUAUUGAUUUUGUGCAGCAGAUGGUGCCUGAGAUUGCAUGGGGAAAGCAUACGAGAGUAAUAUUGGAUGUGGGAUGUGGAGUAGCAAGUUUUGGAGGUUACCUGUUCGAUAAAGACGUACUUACAAUGUCAUUUGCACCAAAAGAUGAACACGAAGCUCAAAUCCAGUUUGCUCUAGAGAGAGGAAUACCCGCAAUUUCAGCUACCAUGGGCACUCAACGCCUUCCAUUUCCAAGCAAUGUUUUCGAUCUUGUCCAUUGUGCUCGUUGUAGAGUACCUUGGCACAAAGAAGGUGGUAGGCUUCUUUUGGAGCUCAAUCGUGUGCUUCGCCCAGGAGGUUAUUUUGUUUGGUCAGCAACACCUGUUUACAAAAAAAACGAAGAAGAAGAUGUUCAGAUAUGGAAAGAGAUGUCUUCCCUAACAGAGGCCAUGUGCUGGGAGCUUAUUACUAUCAAGAAGGAUGCUUUGAAUGGAAUUGGUGUUGCUAUCUAUCAGAAACCAGAAUCAAAUGAAUGUUAUAAUGAAAGAAAGAUACAAGAACCUCCAAUGUGUAAUCCAGAUGAUGACCCAAAUACGGCUUGGUAUGUAGCACUGCAGACAUGUAUGCAUAAGGUGCCGACUAAUGUGAAAGAGCGAGGUUCUCAGUGGCCUGAAGAAUGGCCUGCCCGAGUUCAAACACCUCCAUACUGGUUAGAGAAGAACCCGAUGGGUGUUCUUGAGAAAUCAACUCCCACAGAUUUUGAAACAGAUUAUGAACGCUGGAAAUGGGUAGUUAGCAAAACUUAUAUUAGUGGCUUACAAAUUGAUUGGUCGAAUGUAAGAAAUGUUAUGGACAUGAGAGCCGUCUAUGGGGGGUUUGCUGCAGCGUUGAAGGACCUCAAACUAUGGGUGCUAAAUGUUGUGAACGUAGAUUCUCCUGAUACACUUCCGAUCAUAUACGAGAGGGGUCUUUUUGGGGUUUACCAUGAUUGGUGUGAAUCUUUUAGCACAUAUCCUCGGACUUACGAUCUUCUUCAUGCAGAUUACUUGUUUUCCAACUUGAAAAAGAGAUGCAAGAUCACACCUGUGAUCGCAGAGGUAGAUAGAAUCGUGAGGCCAGGAGGGAAACUGAUUAUCCGGGAUGAAUCCACCACAAUAGGGGAAAUCAAAAAUUUGUUGAAGACAUUACACUGGAAGGUUCAUUUAAUUCCUUCCAAGAACCAAGAACGAAUACUCAGUGCCAAAAAAUCAACAUGGAGACCGAAGACAUACGCAGCCCCAUCUUGACCUUGAUCACUGACCAGAUAUAGGAUUUAGAAUCUUAAUUUGA